AUGCAGGGCUGCCAAGAUGGUCAGGGAACUGGAGCACUGAGAGAACUGGGUCUGCUCAGCCUGGAGGAAAGAAGGCUAAGGAGAGACUUUAUUGCUGUCUACAGCUACCUAAUCAGAGGAUACAGAGAAGAUGGAGGCACACUGUUCUUGGACGCGUAUGGCAAUAUUGGCCCUCGGGGACCGAAAGGUGAUACUGGUUUGCCUGGAUCACAAGGACCCAAAGGACAACAGGGUGAAAAGGGAGAACCAGGAGCUAUCAUUGCUGCUGAUGGAUCUUUAACGGAAUUAUUAGGAAGAAAAGGGGACAAGGGUGAAGCUGGAGUGGUGGGAUCAGUGGGACCAAUGGGACCAAUAGGACCUACUGGACCUAAAGGAGAACUUGGUUUCCCAGGACGUCCAGGCCGCCCAGGACUGAAUGGACUGAGAGGUGUGAAAGGUGAUCGAGGCGAAGCAUUUAAUGGUCUUCCUGGCUUGCCUGGACCCCCAGGGCCCCCUGGACCUCCAGGACGUAUAGUUUAUAUCAAAGGAGUGAGCACUCCUUACCCUGGAAAUCAAGAAGCUCUUAAUGUCCAUGGUGCUAAAGCAAACAAAGAUUCCUGGGGGCUGCACAGUUCAGCGGACUUAAAAGGAGAAAAGGGAGACAGAGGUGCUCCAGGACCACCAGGUCCACCGCUGCCUCCAUCAUAUUUCAGCCACUUUAUUAAUAGCAUAAAGGGUGAAAAAGGAGACAAUGGAGUCACUGGUGUAAAAGGAGAAAAAGGAGAACCAAAUGGAGGUUUUUUCCUUACAGGACCUCCUGGACCGCCUGGAAGACCAGGAUUAGUUGGACCAAAAGGCGAUUCAGUUGUUGGACCCAGAGGACCUCCGGGGUUACCUGGCCUCCCUGGCUUACCAGGUUAUGGAAAAAUUGGACCUCCUGGCCCACCUGGCCCACCAGGCCCACCAGGACCCCCUGCAAUAUAUGGCUCAGCAGUCGCAAUGCCUGGGCCACCAGGUCCUCCUGGAGAGCCAGGGUCACCUGCAACCAGGAAUCUGGUUACAACAUUCCAAAACAUUGAGGGUAUGUUGGAAAAAGUUCAUUUGGUAGCAGAAGGUACACUAAUCUAUCUGAGUGAAACCAGUGAGGUUUUUAUCCGUGUUCGAAAUGGAUGGAGAAAAUUGCAGCUUGGUGAGCUAAUUCCUAUCCCUGCUGACAGCCUUCCUCCUCCAGCCAUAUCAAGCCAUGGAUUUCAGUCUCUUCCAGUACUGAGUCCAAUAUCAAAUAUGAACAAUGGAAAACCAGCACUACAUCUGGUGGCUUUAAACUUGCCAUUUUCUGGUGACAUGCGAGCAGAUUUUCAGUGUUUUCAACAGGCCCAGCUAGCAGGUUUGACGUCUACCUAUAGAGCCUUCCUCUCAUCACAUUUGCAAGAUUUGUCCACAGUUGUCAGAAAAACAGAUCGAUACCAUUUACCAAUAGUCAAUCUUAAGGGAGAAAUACUUUUCAAUAACUGGGUAUCUGUAUUUAAUGGAAACGGUGGACAAUUCAACAUUCAUGUUCCAAUAUACUCCUUUGAUGGGAGGAACGUCAUGACCGAUCCAUCUUGGCCUCAGAAAGUAAUAUGGCAUGGUUCAACUGCAAAUGGGAUCCGACUGGUUAGCAACUACUGUGAAGCCUGGCACACAGCUGAUAUGGGAGCUAUGGGACAAGCAUCACCGCUGAAGACAGGGAAACUCCUUGAUCAGAAAGUAUAUAGCUGUAGUAACCAGUUUAUUGUUCUCUGUAUUGAAAACAGUUUUGUAUCUGAUCCCCAAGGAAAAUAAUUCACCUGUUGCACAUCAGAAUAUUCCAUUUUAUGACAGAAAAAGCUGACACUGAAAUUUC